CCCAACACCGUGUGAGGAUCUGUUUCAACGCAAGAAGACACGACACGACCUCUUUAUCCGAGCGGCGAUAUCAAGCGACGAUUCAAUAAGGCGCGGGGGGGAGGGGGGGGGGGCUGCUCACACAAUAAUCAUUUGACUGGAGUCGCCGUGCAUGCGUUCGGUAGGCGGGACCAGGACACUCUUUGCAUCCCACUUCUGAAAAGAUUACUGUGAUUUUUUGUUGUUGUGGGAAACACAUGAUCUUACCGCUGUGUGGAGGGAAGGAGGACGGACAAAGAGAGAGAGAGAGAGAGAGAGAGAGAGAGAGAGAGAGAGAGAGAGAAGCAGGACGAAGAGACACGGGGUCGUGACAGAGACCAACACCGAGCGAAGACAGGAUCUGUGUGGAGAUAUUUGGAGUUGGAGCGGGAUUCUCUCUGGUCCCUGCCUUAAAAAUAAGAACUUCACUCUCCCAGAACUUCAAACAUUGACAUCAGACGUCUACACAUUUCAAAAGGCUGAUUAUUACUGGAGCAGAUAUGAGUGAAGAUAACCCAGCUGAGACGGUGGAAACUGCUCCUGCAGAGUCAAACGCUAUUCCCAAUGGAAAAGGCCUCGAACCUGGGGAGGAGAUCACGGCAUCCGCGAAGACACCCCCUGCAGCAGAUGCUGAAAAGGAAACUGUACCAAAUAGUGCCCAGAAUGCUAGUCCACACAGAACUGAGAACACAGAAGCCAACCUCCCAGAGAGCCAGGAGUUCCUCUCAGGCGUUGACGACAAGAAGACCCCACAAUUUACAGAUUUCGAAGGGAAAACCUCGUUUGGGAUGUCCGUCUUCAACCUGGGCAAUGCAAUCAUGGGAAGUGGAAUCCUAGGACUGGCCUAUGCCAUGGCCAACACGGGGGUCGUCCUGUUUCUGGUACUUCUAACAGUGGUGGCGGUCCUCUCCUCAUAUUCCAUCCAUUUACUGCUUAAGUUAUCUGGCAUUGUAGGUAUUCGUGCAUAUGAGCAGCUGGGCCAAAGGGCCUUUGGGACUGCAGGGAAGAUGGCCGCGGGUAUAGCCAUCACGCUGCAGAACAUUGGAGCCAUGUCCAGUUACCUGUACAUAGUCAAGUAUGAGUUUCCCUUGGUCAUCCAGGCCUUUCUGAGGGUCGACAAACCUGCAGGUGAAUGGUAUCUGAAUGGGAACUACCUUGUGAUCAUAGUAUCUAUUGCAGUCAUACUACCACUGGCUCUCAUGAAACAGCUAGGAUACCUGGGAUACACCAGUGGCUUCUCCCUGAGCUGCAUGGUUUUCUUCCUCAUUUCGGUCAUCUACAAGAAGUUCAAUACCCCUUGUCCAUUUGUGGACUUUACGUUUAAUAGCACUGCCAGUGUGCUGAAUGUCAGUGCUAUGGAUCCUGGAGGGGAGAUUGAUCCUGCCUGUAUUCCCAAAAUGGCCAACCUCAACUCACAAACGGCCUACACCAUCCCCAUCCUGGCGUUCGCCUUUGUGUGCCACCCUGAGGUCCUGCCCAUCUACACGGAGCUCCGCAAUCCCACCAAGAAAAAGAUGCAGCAUGUGGCCAACAUCUCCAUUGCAGUCAUGUACAGCAUGUACUUCUUGGCUGCCCUUUUUGGAUACCUAACUUUCUAUGGUGAAGUGGAAGCAGAGCUGCUUCACACUUACAGCCGCAUUGACCCGUAUGAUACUUUGAUUCUGUGUGUGCGUGUGGCUGUGCUCACUGCUGUCACACUCACUGUUCCCAUUGUGCUUUUCCCUGUACGGAGGGCGAUCCAGCAGAUGGUGUUUCCCAACAAGACUUUCAACUGGCCCCGUCACAUCGCUAUCGCCAUCGUUCUGCUCACAUUCAUCAACCUGCUGGUCAUCUUUGCCCCUGACAUCCUGGGCAUCUUUGGGAUCAUUGGUGCCACAUCUGCCCCUUGUCUCAUCUUCAUCUUCCCUGCAGUCUUCUAUCUGCGUAUUGUACCCGAAGAAGAGGAGCCGCUGCGCUCAUUCCCCAAAAUCAUGGCUGCCUGUUUUGCUGCGAUUGGCUUCCUGUUUAUGAUAAUGAGUCUCAGCUUCAUCAUAAUUGACUGGACAUCGGGCUCCAGCAAAGCCAGCAGUGGUCACUAGGCACCACCUUCCAUUCCUUUCUGGGGUUUUAUAUUGUAGUUUCAGAUCUGUGUUGUUAUGUUACAAUUUUUAUUAUUAUAUAAUGUUUUAUGUUGGAGAUGUCCAUUCCAUAUCCAUGGGUAAGUGUUGGCCACAGAGGAAAAGUGUAGAAUUUAGGAUGGCUCUCUAUUUCUCUGCAAAAGCAUUCUGCCAAACAGUGACUGCAGAUCAGGGCCAGUGGACAUAGCUGAUUAAUUUACAAAAGAGGCCAGGCGCAUUAAGAGACGAGCUGAUAUUUGGAGCCUGUGCCUUGUGAAAUGGAUGUAAAAAAAAACAAAAAAAACAGAAAAGCAACAAUUUAAAAAGCUGCUGUCUUUAAACUCCUGUCCCUGUAGUGGCUGUGAGCCUCUGUGCUGGUUAUUAAGACCUGCAAACUGCUUCUCAAGCUAUAAUGCACAUCUGAGGCUCCUCACUUUAAAAUGCUCAAUGAUAGAAAUGUAUUGAAUCAUAGAUAAUACUUUUAUGGUUAUAUUUCUUAUUAUUAUUAUUAUUAUUAUUCUAAGUUAUUUGAAUACCUACAUCGUUUUCAUUCUGUGCAUCUGCAGAGGAAUGUGAUUGCACAAGUUAUAGCACAGGAGGAAAGAAAAGCUAAAGGAGUAGUUUGACAUGUUUGGGGACAGGUGAGGAGAUUGAUACCACUCCAGUGUCUGUACAGUCAGUGUAAGGCUACAGCUUGGAGCUGGUGAGCUUAUCUUAUCUUAAAGGCAGGGAAAUGUUGAACUGUUCCUUUAAGGUAUGCAGCCUUUAACUGCUAUUCCACUGAAUUGUGUUGCUGCUGGGAGGAGUCACAUCCUCAGACAGUAUGUGGUUUAGUGUUGUGAGCACAUUUAGAGUAACAUUCCCACAUAUGACCUUGAUGUAUAUUUUAUUAUUAUUCAAUAUGAAAACCUCAGAAGAUGCAGUAUGGACUGAAUAAGAAAUCCUCACAAAGGUCUUUCUGAGGCGAUGAAUAUGAGAUGGAUGUCCAGAUAAAUACAUAAGAGCUUAUAUUAUUCUGUGUUUUUUAUUCAGUAUUACUGUGCAAGGGACGGUGAUAAAUGGUACUCAAGACCUCAUUAGUUAGACUGGACUGAUCAAAGUGAUAAUUGUAAUGACAAAGUUACUGCUUGGUGUUCAUCGUGGUCAGUGAUGAGGAUUUUCGCCUGAAAGAUUUGAUGUGUUGUUUCUGAACAUUAACUGUAAGUAAUCAGAGAUAACCAAAACAUGUUUUUUUUAAAACACACAGGGUCGCUUCAUUAAGUUGUUAGGAACAGUUUCAUGUCUGUAAAUAUUUCCAGCACAACUUUGAUCCCUCACAGAAUGGGCAGACGUGGGAUUACUGUCUUCUUUAACAACCUUGAGAAGCUUCUGGUUAGCAAUAGCACUUUCCUUUGAUAAGCACAAUUUCCUGUCGCCAGUUGAAAUGCAAGCAAAUGAUUAUUGAAAAAUCCAUGUAUCUUAUAGAUGUGAUUUAAGGGGAAUGCCCUUUAUACAACAAAAGUGUUGAGAAAUGUAUUGAUGGUAACAUAUGGAUGUCUUCUCAAAUACUACUUGAAUUAAUGUAAGUUAGCUUUUUCUGUGAACAUUCCAGAUCAUUCAUUUACUCCUCUGGUCCAUUCUGUAGAUUAAAACCACUCAUCACUUGGAUGUGCUGUGUUUUAACAAAUAUAAACAUGGCUCAGAUCGAUUUCAAGUAAAGUAUAUAUAUAAAUAUAUAUGUGUGUACACACACAUUGUGUUGUUAUACAUGGACCUCAACUCUGUUCAGAAGUAAGAUUUGAGUAUUUGGCUCCAACCUUUAAUAGAUUAACAAUCGUUUUAAACUUCAUAAUUAAUGUUUUUGUUUUUUUUGUGGAGCAUCAGUUGAAUCUCAUUUAGUGAUGGAAGGCAGGAAUACAUAUAAUUUGUUUUAAUCGUCUCUUAAAGUCAGUGGUGUGAGUUGUGUGGUUCACUGCUGACUUUCAGUAACUUACUAUGUUGGAGUUAUAAGUGAAGUGGUUUACUUCACAUUUCACUAUUUUUGAAAUGAUAAACUCUGAAACACCAGACUACAGUGUGUGCUGCAGUGUUGUCCUGUCAAGUUGUUCAAAAACAAGCCUCCUCUCUGUCAUAUAGAUAUUACAUUGUGUGACGUUGUCUGUAAGCAGAAUACAGAAUAAUCUGAAUCAGCCACUCAGUGUUUGAGGUUGUUUAUCAAGGUUAAAUGCAGCAUAUAUCCCCGACUUCCUCUUGUAUGUAUGAUGGUCCCAUUUGGUAAAUGAAUUGACACAGUCAUGAACUGUUUUUAAUAGCGCAAAACACAAAACACACAAAAAAAGUUUAAAAAUGCAAAGAAUGAAGUGAGGAUAUGCGCUGAUAGUGGCUGACAGAAGAUGAUCUCUGAGGACCUCUAUUUAGAUCGAACUGUUGUUGGUCUCCCUCUCGUGUGAUUUAUUGAAAUGUGUAUGAUUGAAUCGUAACAUAUUAAAUAUUGACAUCGGCCAGCAUUUAUAAAUAAUGUAUAUAAAUGUAUACCCUUUAUAUUCUAUAUGCAUAUCUAGUUUGUACAAUGUAAAUAGAAAUUAAAGUUUUAGUCCAUUAAAAACAUCAGUGUAAUCAUUUUCAAAGUGCUUUUAAACCUUUUUGUCAUUCUAUUCUUGUCUAUUUUCUUGUAUCUCUAUAUAUUUUAAUAUGUUGCUGGCAGUUAUUGUACUGUAAACAAUGUUGCAAUAAAGAUAAUGAGGUAACAAAACUUUGGGUCUUCUUUUAGAUUUGAGGAUCAGAAAAAAAAUGUCUUUUGGAAAAACUACUAAAGGGAUUAUGAAACCA